AAAAACCGGCGCGACGCGACGGGCCGCACCAAGUGCGUUUCCAUUGAGCGGCCGUGGCUGCGCAUUCGCGCAUGCGUUUCUAGCAAACAUGGCGGACCCGUUGAGCUUGCUGCGGCAGUUCAAUGUCAACAAGAAGGAUAUCGCUGAGAAGAACUCGCAAAUAAUCUUCGACGAGUACUCCUGGCCGAAGACCGUUAAGACAAACUACCUCGUGUGGGGGUCCGGGAAAGAUGGGGCACCUCGGGAGUACUACACGCUGCAGUGCUUGCUCUUUCUUUUAAGAAAUGUGCACUUGUCUCACCCGGUGUACGUACGACAAGCUGCGGCUGAAAACAUCCCUGUUGUUAGGCGUCCUGACAGAAAGGACAUCCUCGCCUACCUGAACGGGGAGACGGCCACCUCAGCCAAUAUCGACAAGAGCGCCCCCAUCGAGAUACCCACACAAGUUAAGAGAACAGCUGAGGAACCCCAAAAUGAGGUGCUCAAGAAGCCGCGUCUCGAGGAGACGCAAAUGCAGCGUGCCAAGGAGCAGUUUUCGGCUCGCUUGGAUGCUCCCAAGGAAGCACCUGUGGUCACUGAGCAAAUCAGGUCUCUGUCUGAGGCCAUGUCCGUGGAGAAGAUUGCAGCCAUCAAGGCCAAGCGCUUGGCAAAGAAGCGAGCCACCAUUAAAGGAGACGAUGACCUUGGCCUGGCUGACAUGCAGGGCAUCCUUGAAUACGAUGUGGAUGUCACACGCGACAUCCUCAGUCGUGAGCGGCAGUGGCGUACGCGGGCUACCGUGCUCCAGAGUGCUGCAAAGAAUUUUGCCAAGUCCAUCUUCCCAAUCCUGCAGUCAAUCAAGAUGCGGGAGGAAGGUGUCACCACCAAGCAGGCACAACCUGAACCCGUUCUGCCACCCAGGGCUGGGCCAGUGCGUGCAGUGCCACAGCCAGCCGUUUACAACCGAUACGAUCAAGAGCGUUUUAGGGGCAAAGAAGAGACGGAGGGCUUCAAAAUCGACACAAUGGGCACGUACCACGGCAUGAACCUCAAGUCAGUGACUGAGGGCAGCCAGCCCAAGCGGCCCAUCCCCGUGGCCACCCCGACACCCGUGGCCCCUGCCGCUGCCCCCAUCACCACAGCUGCACCUGUGCCUCGGCCAGUGCUUAAGAGAGUGUCUCGGACACCCAUCAUCAUUAUUCCGGCAGCCACAACCUCACUCAUCACCAUGUACAAUGCCAAGGACAUCCUGCAAGACCUGAGGUUUGUCAGCACAGACGAAAAAAAGAGCCAGGGCUGCAAACGUGAGAAUGGAGUGCUGAUCCAACGGAGACGCAACCGAGGAGCCACUGUAUCGUACCGGGUGAUUGACAAUCCCUCCACCUUGGCCCCUGAGGACUGGGAGCGAGUGGUAGCUGUGUUUGUACAAGGCCCAGCCUGGCAAUUCAAGGGUUGGCCCUGGGGAGGAAACCCUAUUGAGAUCUUCUCACGCAUCAAGGCAUUCCAUCUCAAGUGGGAUGAGAUCACACUGGACAGCAACGUGGCCAAGUGGGCUGUACACGUGAUUCAACUGAGCAAGCAGAAGCGCCACCUUGACAGAGCCAACUUACUCAACUUUUGGGAGGUGCUCGACAGAGUCGAGUUUCAGCGUACCUGGACACAUGAUGCCGCAAGGAAUGCGUAGCAACCUACCACAAGCCACCACAGCCAACACCACCACCUAAACUGGAGCUGAAGGCACCUUUAAAGCUGCUAAAACGGAUGCAGUGUUCAAGAACAAUGGAGGUAGCCCUUCCAUGGACACCCAAGCACUGUGCACCAGUAUGGGGCAUGUUUGACCACUCUGUGACCUCGUAGUCGUAUCUUCCUGGCCCCUUCCAUGCCUUCCCAUGUGCUCAUUCUUUAUCAUGAAGUGUGUCUGCAUGUUUGUUUUUUUUACUUUCUCCGCCCUUUUUUUGUUAUUUCCUUUCAGACUGAAACUGCUGUACAUUGUUUUUGCACUACCUGUUUGUGUACACCAAGUAGUGCAGUGGCAUAGCUUUUGCUGGACCUUGGUCCUUGGUCGUUCAGGCGGUUUGUGAGGGAAUUGGCAGUGGCCACUUUUUAUUGUUUUACUUUCUAUUUGAAUGCUUGCUGCUCUUGUUGAAAUAUUUUGAGGCCACCUUCAGAUGCAUUAAGAGUCAGUGGCACAGUACCAGUGUGUGGGGAAGGGGCGGAGUGUUGUUUCUUAUUUGCGCCCAUCUGAUAAAUCGCAUACGAGUUGUAGUGAGCUUGUGGUGGACGAAAGGUGUAACCUUAGGAUGAUGUCAUUGCUGUGGUUUUGGUGCAUCCAUCUUGAGCUUGCGUCUUGCAUGUUUGCCGUUCCUCUAGUACAAAAGUAAGCGUGAGGAACUGACUGUUUGUGUUGCGUGCACGAGUGUACAGGAGCAGCAAUGCUAGAGGAGCGAGGUAGAAUGCCCCCUGACCAUUUUUGUCAUCGGAGCUUGAGAAGUGAUUAUGGACUGCUGCUUUUCCCUCCCAGUGGUGAACUGUGUUUUGCCGAACUGCAAUGUAACUUGGCCUUCCUCACUGAACCAUUUUGUUAUGGCAACAUCGCUUCUUGUUUUGGUGAGAUGAUUUAACUAUAUUUUGCUAUUUGCAAAGCAAUUCUGCCUGCAUUAAGGAAAUAAAUCUGUUAGGCUCAAGCUCUUAGGCCCCUCUUCCUUUCUUCUUUCACUCUAACUGUUGACCCUUGCCAUGUACUACCCUCUUCAAUAUUUUUGUCCAUUUACAUUGUAGCAAAUCAUCCGACAGUCAUAAAAUUGCACUGAUGUAAAAUAAAUAUCACUCUGGCAUUUUCAGCAGUAGUUGUCUUCAAGGUGUUCCUUUUUCUCUCUCUCUCCUUCUUCCCCUGUCUUGUGAAGUAUCAUACGUACAGGAGUGACUUUUGAAAAGUAGACCUUUUAAAAAAGAAUGCUGAUUUUGGCUUUGGACACUAUUCUGUCCAUAACUUUUUAGACGCAACUUUUUUUGUUUUCUCUUUAUUAGAGCUCUGCACUUUUUCUUUUUUUUUUGCAAUGGGCCCAUAGUGCAUCAUAUUACAAAAGUUGCAAAAAUUCA